GGAAAACUCGCACCGGCAAUUCUCGUUUCGAUGAUUCGAGCUUCCCCCCUAGCCAAUUGCAUCAUUCUCCCCCCUUUCCCCAUUCUCGAUGUCAUUGCCGCGGUGACGGUACCCAGAGGCUAGAAGAGGACUCCGACCUCGGGUUUGGACACCACCUUCAACAUGAAGCCCCUCUUCAGGACAACAGCUUCCGCAGCACGAACCCUUUCACGACCACGAUUCCAACCUUCCACUUUACCAUCUCUGUGUAUACGACCAACUUCCACGAUGUCACACAGUGUGCCAAAGCUCAAUGAUCCGUCUCUGUUGAAGACGGAUGCCGCAUACGUCAAUGGAGAAUGGGUGAAGGCGAAGUCAGGCAAGACCUUUGAAGUUCACGACCCCUCUUCUGGCAAAUUAAUUGGAAGUGCCCCCGAAUUCGAUGCCGCGGAUACACAGAAAGCAAUCGAUGCUGCCGCUGUCGCGUUCCCCUCAUUCAAAGCCAAGACCGGUCGUGAACGGUCGAAGCUUCUCCGAAAGUGGUACGAUUUGAUGGUCGAGAAUGCUGAGGACAUCGCGAAGUUGAUCACUUGGGAGAACGGGAAGCCUUUGGCGGAUGCAAAGGGAGAGGCCGCCUAUGCUGCCAGUUUCUUUGAGUGGUUCAGCGAGGAGGCACCCAGAGUUUAUGGAGAUACUAUUCCAGCAUCAGUUGCAGGAAACAGAGUGGUCACGAUUAAGGAGCCAGUUGGUGUUUGUGGUCUCAUUACACCAUGGAAUUUCCCCGCCGCGAUGAUCACACGAAAGAUUGGUCCUGCUCUUGCUGCCGGUUGCACAGUUGUAGCCAAGUCGCCGGGAGAGACACCGUUCACAUCCCUUGCCCUCGCUGCGCUGGCGCACCGAGCUGGUAUCCCUAAAGGGGUUGUCAACAUUGUCAGCGCUCUGAAGAAUACUGCUGAGGUUGGAGAGCUCCUCACUACAUCACCAAUCAUCAAGAAGGUCUCGUUCACAGGCUCGACAGGUGUGGGGAAGCUUCUCAUGAAGCAAUCCUCAUCCACCCUCAAGAAACUCUCUUUCGAGCUCGGAGGUAACGCGCCGUUUAUCGUCUUCGACGAUGCAGACCUCGAUGUAGCGGUGGCUGGCGCUAUUGCAAGCAAAUUCCGCUCUUCCGGUCAGACUUGCGUCUGCGCAAAUAGACUCUUCAUCCAAGCCGGAAUCUACGACAAAUUUGCUCAGGCGUUCGCCGCCAAAGUCAAGGAUUUCAAAGUUGGUGGCGGAUACACAGAGGGCGUGACUCAUGGGCCUCUCAUUCAUGACCGAGCUAUUAGCAAGGUUGAUGCCCAUGUCAGGGAUGCGGAGAAGAAGGGUGGGAAGGUCAUUCAAGGUGGUCAAAAGAUGCCUGAGCUAGGUCCGAACUUCUUUCAGCCUACUGUCAUCACAGGCAUGACCACCGAAAUGGCUCUGGCCUCAGAAGAAACCUUUGGGCCCGUUGCGGGACUUUUCAAAUUCUCAACCGAGGAAGAGGUUGUCAAGAUUGCAAACUCGGCCGAAGUGGGUUUGGCGGGAUACUUCUUCUCGAAGGAUAUUCAAAGGGUAUUCCGCGUUGCUGAGGCAUUGGAAGUUGGCAUGGUUGGCGUCAACACUGGACUCAUUAGUGACGCUGCGGCGCCAUUUGGUGGGGUGAAGAAGUCUGGUUUUGGACGAGAGGGGAGCAAGUACGGGAUUGCUGAAUACCAGGUGACGAAGAUGAUUACAUAUGGCGGUAUGGGGCAGCCGCUACAGAAGUAAAAGCAGUGAAAAUUGAAAUAUAAAUGACUCCUACUAUUUAAGGCGAGCGAAUGGUAUCGUUAAUUCAGUUACACUUGGCCUGGCGUACGGGAAAUCCAAUAUGAAGGAGUGGAGUGAAAAGUUUCGCUUUUUGGGGCAACUUUGGUGCCGAAUAUCGUGCUCGGACCUAAAUUAAUUAAGCUAUCGUGUUAUUGUUUGUUCAUAAAUAUUGCUCCCAGGAGAGUCGCUUGAGUAAUUGGAGUGGUUGGAAG